AUGGCAUGUCGCGAGCUUUCACCCAAAGAAGGUUAUCACGAAGAGCUGCCCGCUGCCACUUGUGCCGCGUGCCGCGCGCGCCCAAGUCAGUCCUGUCACGUCAGUGCCGCCGACUGUCUCGCCGGCGAUGACAGCCCGCGACUGAAUUGUUCCGCGCCACUUGUGACGCGCGUCGCCGCGUCUUCGUUUAUUUCGGUGGUGCAACGUUAUCGAUUGCCCGCCAAACGGCCGCCUGACACAAGACGUCCAAUAUCUCAAACGGACGACGCUGGAACUCACUGUCGGCGUGUC